CUAAUGCUGUACAUCGUGAAGUCGAAGCUCGCGGUAAUCUGGAAGUCCGCGCAGGUGGAGCUCCAUGGCGCAUAUUCUACCCAGCGUGUACAGGACCUCACCACCUACAGCAACGAAAUGGGCUUUGUACGCGUGUUUCUGGUCCAGCUGGUCACCCCACUGCCGUGUCUCGCGAUAACUGCGUUGGUUGACUUGCUCCCGAUGCAGCCUGUGCAUGAGAGCGCCGAAGCGAACAAACUAUUUUUUAUACGCGCAUUCUUUUCGUUUUGGCUCGCUAACACCACCACAUACAAUCAGUUCAAGCACAUCGUGCCCCAGUUACCGCUUUCUAACGUGAAGAUAGCGAUUUACGGCGCUGUCGUGGCUGGAAUCACCGUUAGUGUGAUGUAUGGAUUCACCCUUGUUAUUGGGUUUCCACUCCCGUUUAGUAUCAUCACUAUGUCACCUGUGUGGCUGUCGCUGUUCCUCCUACCGAUGGUGAAUUCAUGGAUGAAAAGAGCUCGAGCUGAUCCAGUCGUUUGGCCGUUCGUGAUCAACUCGCUGAAGAUCAUGGCGUGUCAAGAAACCCUCGUUACGAUAUACCCCAUGUACUUUUAUCUAUUCCGAAUGGUCCCAGAGCACGGGAAAACAGGCUUUGCAGCUCUUCUCCCGGUUAUGAAACUGGUUUUACGCAACAUUGUGGCUAAAACCGUUGAGCAUAUGAACGAUGAGAUCCCGAAGAUCGUCAUUUUGAACGUGGAAUUGUUCAGUGCUUUGUUCGUUUCCUACUGCAUGCAGAAUACGCCGUCAAUACAAACGACGCUGGUGCUAAUGACCGCGGACGCGCUGCAGAUGGCUGCGUCCUUGUACGAUAUCGAGCUGGUUGUGCAACGAUUGAAGACGAUAAGAAGACAAAUCGGUGUCGACGCAUCAGUGAGUCGGUUCAGCCUCAAAACGUCGGAAUAUCAAGUUGCCCAGGACAUUGUCGACCGACAUGUUGCUUCUUCCCCGACAAAAUUUUCCUCUUUGCAAAAAUCUUUAAGGAGACUAUCAGCAACUAUCGGAACUCAAUGA